AGUACUGGUCAAUGAUAUAAUUUUGUUUUAUUAUUUUUUUUGUAUUUAAAAAUAGUAACCUUGAUGUUUAUUGUCCAUACAGUGUUAAUACAGCUGAAAAUUACUAAAUGACAAACAAUAAUAAUAGUAGACGAGAAACUAGCCGUAGUUUAAAUCCAUUUCCUCUAUUACAUCCAGUGUCCAUAUCAUGGCAUAACAUACAGGUCAGGAGUCAAGUGUCGGCAUCAGUUGUCGACACCGUAUUUUGCCGUAAAAAUAGAGGACAACAAUCAGUGGAAAUCAUCAGAAAUGUGUCGGGUGCUGUAAAAUCUGGUCAAUUGUUGGCCAUAAUGGGUGCCAGUGGGGCCGGAAAGACAACACUACUAAAUGUAUUGACGGCCAGAAAUCUAUCGAAAGUGAUAGUCGACGGUGAGGUCAAACUAAAUGGUCGAUAUGCCGAUACCAAUACAAUGUCAUCGGUUUCAGCUUAUGUACAGCAAAUGGAUCUAUUCAUACCAGUCCUAACUGUUAGAGAGCAUCUCAUAUUUAAUUCAUUGUUACGAAUGGAUCCCCAAUUGACAGCUAAAGAAAGGACUGAACGGGUGAACCAAUUGCUGAUUGAUUUUUCAUUGAAGAGAUGCGCUGACAGUCGUAUCGGAAGUAAUACUACUUUCAAAGGUAUCUCUGGAGGAGAAGCAAAAAGAUUGUCAUUUGCUUCAGAGAUUAUGACAAACCCGUCGAUAAUGUUUUGCGAUGAACCGACCAGUGGUUUGGACUCAUUUAUGUCCGAAAACAUAGUUCAAGUAAUGAAAGAUAUGGCUAGUAAUGGUCGGACAGUUAUCUUUACUAUACAUCAGCCGUCAUCACAAGUGGUCAAACUGUUUGAACAGUUAUUACUCAUUGCUGACGGAAGGGUAGCUUUUAUGGGCAAUAUUGAUGAGGCCAACAAUUUUUUUUCAUCAAUCGGUUAUACAUGUCCGACAAAUUUCAAUCCAUGCGACUAUUAUAUCCAACAAUUGGCUAAGAUUCCGGGCAAAGAAAUUGAAUGCAAAACCAAAACUGAUGAAAUAUGUGACAAAUUUCUUGAUUAUUCUUCGGGAACUAAUCUGAAACCUAAGUCAGUGACGACUACGUCUUCGGGCGGCAACAACUCCUUCAAGUUGUUAAAGAAAAAGAAAUCACUACCGAAACAGAUAUUAGAGGCACCAACCUAUCGGACAAACUGUUUCCGACAGUUUCGGGCAGUGAUGUGGCGGUCGUCACUUAUUGUCCUACGGGAGCCAAUGAUUACACAUAUGCAACUAUUGCAGACAGUGAUAGUUUCAAUAGUAAUCGGUGUCGUCUACUUUAAUCAACAGUUGGAUCCGAAAGGUGUUAUGAAUAUCAAUGGCGCCCUAUUUCUGUUACUAACAAAUUUGACAUUUCAAAACGCAAUGGCAGUUAUCAAUACCUUCUGUGUUGAACAGCCGCUAUUUUUUAGGGAUCAUCACAACGGCAUGUAUAGAGUGGACGUAUAUUUUGUGUCCAAAACUAUUGCUGAAUUACCGGUGUUUAUAUUGAUACCCACACUGUUUGUAUCAAUUUAUUACUAUAUGGUUGGCUUUAAUCCACGUUUUGAACAUUUUAUUAUAAUGAUAAUAAUCAGCAAUUUGUCCACACAGUGUGCCGUCUCAUUUGGCUAUUUAAUAUCGUGUAUGACCUCAUCGGCAUCAAUGGCCCUAUCUAUGGGUCCGCCCCAACUCAUACCUAUCAUAUUAUUUGGCGGUUUUUUGCUAAACAAUGCUUCAAUACCAAAACUAUUAGUUUGGAUUAAAUAUAUUUCAUGGUUUUACUAUUCAUUUGAAUCGCUGGUCAUUAACCAAUGGUCAGACAUCAGACAUAUUGAUUGCGAUCUACCGAUACCUCAAACUAAUAAUCAGACGACAAUUAUCGGUAAUAAUAAUAUUGAUAAUAAUCAGACCAUACCGUCACCAUCGGCACCGUUACCAUCGAGACUGUGCUUCUCUAUCGGCAAAGAUGUUAUCGAUUAUUAUAAUUUCAAUGAAAAUCAUUUAAUUCGUAAUCUAUUUGUAUUGUAUCCAAACAACGAUAACGAUCUCAAUUAA